CGAAAUUGCAACUGCGCACGCUUCUGACUCAUAACCAACAAACAGUUGCUGUGAAAAUGUGUUAGAGUUGUAUGAACGUAUAAAUAAAUUUCUGAAUAUGCUACGUCUUCGUAGUACUAUCGAUUCGGAAAAAUUAAUCGAAGAAGUACAAAAGCGGCCGGCUUUAUACGACGGUAAAGCACCCGGAGACUUCGGCGCUAGAAAAGCGCUGUGGGAGGAAAUCGCCGAACAAGUGUUCGACACUGAGUGGACGACGUCCACAGCCAAGGAAAGAGAAGCCCUAGUCAAAGAAGUGCAGGCAAAAUGGAAAAACUUGCGGGACGGUUACAUGCGCGUCCGAAAGCAAGAAAUCCAGGACGAAACUACAGGCUAUGUAAAAUCGCGAAAAAAAUACGUUUUCUACGAUCAACUCUCAUUCCUCGAAUCUACGAUUAAGACACCACAAAAUCCAAAUGCGAUUUUCCUCCAAGAACGAAACGAAGACAGUCUGGACAACACAAGCCAAGAAAUGUGCGACUUUAACAACACAACAGCACGGGACGAACACUUGACGAAUAUCCUGCAGGAACUGGUCAAAAUGCAGAAGGAAGAACAAGCCGAUGACAAAAUGGGAAACAAGAAAUUCCUUCUGUCGCUUUUACCCUUUUUGGAAAGAUUACCAGACGAUGUUAACUUGGAAGUUCGGCUUCAAAUGAUGAGCGUUCUGCAGAAUUACAGCAAUGGGGAAAGUUUUAUGAAAGCACAAUAAUUCACAAAAUGCUGUUUUUAAUUAUUGUAAAAUGCUUAAUUAACCAUCGUUUUUACUGUUAAUAACGGCUUUCAGUGUGUUCAAAAUAAACGUUUUCAUUAA